CCUAACGUCUCCAGGAUAGCAGCAGGCAGUGCAAGUUCGGGCAAGCGCCAUGACCACUUUACCACUGUCCGCAUCCAGAUAUUUUGAUGUGUCGACAAUUUUAAUAUUACUGGCCGAAGGGUUGCUGGUGCUACUGGGUAUAAAGAGCUUUGCUUCGUCCCAUAUUCUUCUCAUAUCUUCUCAGCAUAUCAGCCCUAAUACAAUCAUCUUGUCUUUUGAGCCUCAUUUCUUAGCCACACUCUCUACGGUACCUUGUUUAUCCUCGAAUACCCAAUCAGCAUCAUGCGUUUCUCAACAGCCAGCGUCAUUGGCGCGGCAGCUACUGCCAGCGCCCAAACCAUCCAAGUUUCCGUUGGUGAAAACGGUCUCACUUUCACACCGAACGAUAUCACAGCUACAGUCGGACAAUCAGUGGAAUUCUCCUUCUUCCCCAAGAACCACUCCGUAACCCAAUCCUCCUUCGCCGAGCCCUGCCACCCCCUCGCAGGCGGUUUCUUCUCCACAUUCAUGCCCACCACGGCAGAAUCAAGCACCACAUUCACAAUCGUCGUCAACGAUACAAAGCCAAUCUGGAUCUACUGCGGUCAAACAACCGGCAACCACUGCCAAUCCGGCAUGGUUGCUGCUAUCAACGCACCCACCACCGGCAACACCCUCACAGCCUUCGCGGCCCUAGCCAAGAACGCCACCGCCUCGACCUCACCACCCGGCGGCGUCGCAGGAGGAAUCCUCAAAGUAGGUUCAGCAAGCAGCAACUCCUCGAGCAGCGCCAGCGGAGAGAAGACCGUCACUGCGAGCGUGACGACUACUGUUACUGCCCUGGUCACGAGCGGUGGAAGUAGUUAUACCACGACGUAUGGAACGACUUAUGGAACAACCUAUACUACACCUGUUGCUGCUGGUGCUACUGGUUCGGGAUCGAGCACGUCUUCUGCUGCCAAGUCGACUGGUACUAAUGCUGCGAGUCCGUUGGCUGUUAAUGGAGGGAUUGUUGGGGCUGCGUUGGUGUUUGCUUUGGGGAUGCUGUAGAGUAAUUGGCAAAAAGAACAUUUUGAAACUGGAGAGGUGGAGUUGAGGUUGUAUUUAUAAUUCUUGGUAGGAUGUAAUUUAUUGGAGUUUAGAAUUUGUUUCUACGGAGUAUAACAAAAUUAUUUCUAUCUACGUCAUUUUUCAUGGGGUCUGUUCCGG